UCAUGAGAGACCGACAAAGUCCAUUUUCAGAGGCAGAGGUACGGAGUCUUAUUUCUCAAGUGUUACAGGGACUUGCAUAUAUGCAUAGAAAUGGAUAUUUUCAUCGGGACCUAAAACCUGAGAAUCUGCUGGUGACAAGUGAUGUUAUAAAGAUUGCUGAUUUUGGACUAGCAAGAGAAGUUACAUCAAGGCCUCCAUAUACUGAUUAUGUUUCUACACGGUGGUACCGGGCACCAGAGGUUUUGUUGCAGUCAUCAUCAUACACUCCUGCGAUAGGGAAAUUAAGAGUUUGCAGUCUAUGGAAAGAUUUUAAGCUGGAAAAGUAUUAUUAGGAUUUGAGAAUAUCUCUUCUUUCUUCUACAGAAUUCGCAUUCUGAAUACUCUCCUUAUUCCUGUCUUAAAUACAUAACCAUCAUCAUGA